CUCUUCUUCAGAGACCACCUUCUUAUCUUCACAUCUAUUUUCGCCUCAUGGCUUCUCGUCCUCGUCUCUUCUCUCACUCUCUAUGCCCCUCACUUCACCGUCACUCCUCGUCUCUCUCCUCUUCAGCCCCCAGUUUCCAAGCAAUCGAAAUUGAGUGAAGUCAAUUGCUUCCAUCGCUUUAGUUUUAUGAGUGUUAAGUUUAGCUCCUGUCUGCCGGAGGAAAGUCUGGUUCUUUAUGAUAAAGUUCCAGUUAGCCAAGGUUUUGAGUCAUAGACUUGUACUAAGAAAUGCAGUCUCGCCAAGGUCCUUUAUGUCAUCCACCAUGGACACUGAUGCUCUCCAUGAGAGCUCCACCUCUAAGGAUUACAGCUCCGAGCACAUUCAAGUGUUGGAAGGCUUAGACCCUGUCAGGAAAAGACCUGGGAUGUAUAUUGGUAGCACUGGAUCUCGUGGUUUGCAUCAUCUGGUUUAUGAGAUACUUGACAACGCAAUUGACGAGGCACAAGCUGGUUUUGCUUCAAAGAUUGAUGUUGUUUUACAUGCAGAUGGUUCAGUCAGCAUUGCAGAUAAUGGACGUGGGAUACCUACGGACUUGCAUCCCGCAACGAGAAAAUCUGCUUUGGAGACUGUCCUCACGGUCUUACACGCAGGGGGUAAGUUUGGUGGCAAGAGUAGCGGUUACAGCGUGUCUGGUGGAUUGCAUGGUGUAGGUUUAUCGGUAGUUAAUGCUUUGUCAGAGGAAUUGGAGGUUAUUGUUCGCAGAGAUGGGAUGGAGUUCCAGCAUAAGUAUUCUCGUGGAAAGCCCAUAACAACACUUACAUGUCAUGUCCUCCCACCAGAGUCAAGGGGCACUCAAGGGACAUGCAUCAGGUUUUGGCCUGACAAAGAAGUAUUCACAACUGCAAUUCAGUUUGAUCACAACACUAUUGCUGGAAGAAUUAGGGAGCUUGCUUUUCUAAAUCCAAAGGUUACAAUCUCUCUGAAAAAGGAGGAUGAUGAUCCAGAAAGGGAUCUGUAUAGUGAAUAUUUUUAUGCUGGAGGACUAAUUGAAUAUGUUAGCUGGCUAAAUACUGAUAAGAAACCGCUCCAUGAUGUGCUGGGUUUCAGGAAAGAGAUAAAUGGCACCACCGUUGACGUUGCACUUCAGUGGUGCUCAGAUGCCUAUUCAGACACGAUGCUGGGAUACGCGAAUAGUAUUCGCACUAUUGAUGGUGGCACACAUAUAGAAGGUGUGAAGGCUUCGUUAACAAGAACUCUGAAUAGCCUCGCAAAAAAGUUAAAGGUUAUCAAGGAGAAGGAUAUUAGCUUAAGUGGGGAACAUGUUAGGGAGGGAUUGACCUGCAUUGUCUCAGUCAAAGUUCCUGAUCCUGAGUUUGAAGGUCAAACAAAGACGAGACUAGGGAAUCCAGAGGUGAGAAAAAUUGUUGACCAAUCACUCCAGGAGUAUCUUACGGAGUACUUGGAAUUGCAUCCAGAUGUUCUUGAAAGCAUCAUUUCCAAAUCUUUGAAUGCUUACAAGGCUGCUCUUGCUGCCAAGAGGGCUAGGGAGUUGGUCAGAUCAAAAAGCAUUUUGAAGUCAUCCUCACUUCCUGGGAAACUGGCUGAUUGCUCAUCUACUGAUCCUGCAGAAUCUGAGAUUUUUAUAGUGGAAGGAGAUUCAGCUGGUGGCAGCGCAAAACAGGGUCGUGACAGGCGUUUCCAGGCGAUUCUUCCUUUAAGAGGUAAAAUUUUGAAUAUAGAGAGAAAGGAUGAAGCAGCCAUGUACAAGAACGAAGAAAUUCAAAAUCUAAUUCUUGGUCUUGGCCUUGGUGUGAAGGGAGAAGACUUUAACAUGGAGAAUUUGCGUUACCAUAAGAUUAUCAUAUUAACAGACGCAGAUGUUGAUGGUGCACAUAUCCGGACACUUCUGUUGACAUUUUUCUUCAGAUAUCAGAGAGCCUUGUUUGACGCGGGUUGCAUAUACGUUGGUGUUCCACCUCUUUUCAAGGUUGAGAGGGGGAAACAGGCGCAUUACUGCUAUGACGAGGCGGCUCUUAAACAAGUUAUCGCUUCUUUCCCUGGAAAUGCAUCCUACAACAUUCAGAGGUUCAAAGGUUUGGGUGAGAUGAUGCCUGAGCAGUUAUGGGAAACAACAAUGAAUCCAGAUACAAGGAUACUGAAGCAACUAGUUGUUGAUGACGCAGCAGAAACAAAUGUGGUCUUCUCAUCUCUCAUGGGUGCUAGGGUUGAUGUCAGGAAGGAACUCAUCAAAAGCGCUGCGACUAGAAUCAAUCUGGAGCAUCUUGACAUAUAAAAACAACACAUGCUAUUGCCCUCAGCUAAGAGAUAGCUUUUUAUUUAGGAGACAUCAUAAUGUUUUGAAACUGAACCAUAUAUUUUGAUUCCAAAACAUCGUUUAUUAAAUUGA